CUAGGUUGUUUAACGUUAUGGAUACACAGUCGGCGCCACCGGCCGCCGCCGCUCUAUCUGAACUCGUUAUUGAUUCCGCUUCAACCACGAGUCAUUACUCCGACUCGCUCCACUUCCCUCACGACAACACCACCGAUACACAAGUCCUUCGGUCUUCCGAUAAAAAGGAGAGUAGUAAAUGGAACACUCUGUUCCUUGCAUACAAGACUCUAGGAGUUGUAUUUGGAGGGCUUGUGACAUCCCCAUUGUAUGUAUAUCCAUCAAUGCAUUUGAAUUCUCCAACUGAAGAAGAUUACUUGGGGAUCUAUAGCAUCAUGUUUUGGACUCUUACACUCAUUGGUGUUGUCAAGUAUACCUGUAUAGCUCUUAAGGCAGAUGAUCAGGGUGAAGGUGGAACUUUUGCCUUGUAUUCUUUACUUUGUAGACAUAUGAAUAUCGGAAUACUUCCUUCGAAACGUUCCGAUUUAAACUCAAGUCCUUCACGUUUUGUACUUAUGAGGACGACAACAACCGGAAAAGUGAGUAAAGUUUUCGAAAGAAGCAUGGUCGCCAGAAGGGCGUUGCUUUUCAUUGCUAUGUUAGGCACAUGUAUGCUAAUCGGUGAUGGUAUUCUUACUCCGGCAAUCUCAGUUUUGUCUGCAAUGGAUGGACUUAGAGCACCAUUCCCUUCUGUCAGCAAAUCUUUAGUCGAAGCUCUUUCUGCAGUGGUUCUUUUUGUUCUGUUCCUUCUGCAGAAAUUCGGAACUUCCCGAGUUAGUUUUUUGUUUUCCCCUAUCAUGGGCGCAUGGACCUUGAGCACUCCACUUGUCGGAAUCUAUAGCAUUAUACAUCACUACCCCGGCAUAUUCAAGGCUUUAUCGCCGCACUACAUUUUCCAUUUCUUUCGAAGAAACGGAAAAGAAGGCUGGCUGAUGCUUGGCGGUACCAUUCUCUGCAUCACAGGUUCUGAAGCAUUAUUUGCAGACCUGGGUCAUUUUAACCGAAGUUCGAUUCAGAUAGCUUUCUUAUUUACAAUAUAUCCGUCGUUGAUUCUGACAUACGCGGGACAAACAGCCUAUUUGAUUAGGAACCCCGAUGAUCAUAUUGAUGGAUUUUACAAGUUUAUACCAAAAACAAUUUACUGGCCGAUCUUUAUCAUAGCCACAUCGGCUGCAGUUGUGGCAAGCCAGUCACUGAUAUCUGCCACAUUCUCUGUCAUCAAGCAAUCUGUCGUGCUGGAUUACUUUCCUCGGGUCAAGGUUGUGCACACCUCUUCCAAUAAAGAGGGAGAAGUCUACUCUCCGGAAGUCAAUUACAUCCUCAUGAUUCUUUGUGUUGCGGUUAUACUUGUAUUUGGAGACGGACAAGAGAUCGGCAACGCUUUUGGUGUCGUUGUUAGUCUAGUCAUGCUCAUCACAACUAUAUUGUUGACGCUGGUCAUGAUAAUCAUAUGGAGAACGCCGCUGUUACUGGUUGCGAUGUACUUCGUCGUCUUUUUUACGAUGGAAGGCGUCUACGUGAGUGCGGUUUUGACUAAAAUUCCCGAAGGCGGAUGGAUUCCAUUUGCCAUAUCCAUUAUUCUCGCCUUCAUCAUGUUCGGUUGGUACUACGGGAGACAGAGGAAGGUAGAGUAUGAACUAACUCACAAGAUCGACCUGGGAAGAUUAGGAGUGCUAUUAUCGGACCCGAGCGUGCAAAGGGUUCCUGGAUUGUGUUUCUUUUACUCGAACAUACAGAACGGACUGACUCCGAUCCUCGGACAUUAUAUUAAAAACACGAGAUCACUUCAUAAGGUCACUAUUUUCACAACACUUAGAUAUCUACUGGUUCCCAAAGUUGCUCCACAGGAGAGGAUAGUGGUGAAGAAGUUAGGCCUCAGAGGAGUUUACGCAUGCGUGAUUCAAUACGGAUACGCGGAUUCUGUAAACCUCGGAGGAGACGACUUUGUUAGUCGAGUCAUGGAUAGCUUGCGAGUGCAUAUCGAAAACAGCUCCGGUUGUUUACCUUCGGUUCUUACUCAGGGUCGGGAAGAGAUCUCCGAACUGAGAGAGGUUGAAAUCGCAGGCGUAAUUCAUGUUCGAGGAAAAGCAAGGUUUCACGUAGGCAAGAACACAAGCCUGUUUGAUAGAUUAAUGCUUGCCUUCUAUGAAGUGUUGCACAAUAACUGUAGGUCUGCACUGCCUGCCCUCGGCGUGCCGCUGCCGCAGCGUCUCGAGGUCGGAAUGCUUUACGAGGCUUGAUCGGAUCAUUUCGGUUAUGCUAGUUGGCGUGGCUCGGUUUAGUGAAGGAUCAUACCAAAUGUGACAAUUCUUCCAGAUCUGAAAUUCUUAUCCAAGAGCAACUCAAAUCAACUCGAAGCUCAUACUAUUUCUUUUAGAUUCUUGUUAAACAAAUAUAAUCUUCUAUUGAUAAGUUAUUUAAGUGUUCUAAUUUUACCUCGACAUUACAAG